CAAUCCUUCCAUGGUGAUAAGGUGGUGGCGAAGUCCGGGAACAGAGGGGGGCUGAUACUGACCCGCAGAAAAGGAGGGAGUCGACUGGAGCUAAACGUCCUGAUUAACCGAGUCAAUAAAAGCCUGAGUGUGCCUCCACCACCACAUCCGGCCUAAACCUGCACCACCCACCUGAACGCUCCAGCUGCUUUUGGCUAUUCCUUUUCUUCAGAUCUUAAAAAGCCAGCCCUGCACCCCUAAUCACCAUGCCUCACCGCGUCUGCUCUGUUGAGAUUAACAACAACUCUGGCAGCUACACGCUCUCAAACCCAAGGGUGUUCACAGAGAGCGGCUGCUGUGAGAUCCCUCUGCCCCCAAUGGUGGGCCCCUGCUCUGCCGCCAGCGGUUUGUUCAACAAGACCAGCGGCGCUGCGACGGGGUCCGUGGGGGUCUUCACCUACGACCUCUACAACCCCGACCUGAACGACUACAGCCAUGUCAUGGCCGUCAUGUUCUCCGUGCCCUACGACCGCAUGAUGUACUCCAACUGGUUCGCUGUGGGCAUCUUUGAGAGGGGGAACGACUGCGACUACAACCUUUAUGAUGUUAUGUAUAAUGGAAGUGAAAAUUAUUUCGUGAGGGCAAAGGCUGACGGCUCGUGCAUCUCUUAUGAGGGGGAUUAUGUGAUAGUCAGCGCCUCCAUGUCAGACUCGGGAGAGGCGGUCCUCAGGCUGGACCUCAGCGACACUGGCAUGUAUUAGGGAAGGAGAAUGGAAGCUAUAUAAGGUGAUCAUUUUGGUCAGAUAUUUUAAUGUGUGUGAAAUUCAAUCAACUGACAGAGUGGUGCUAAGUAUUCACUAUACUUAACAUAUGAGUGCACAUGAUUGUACACCGAAUUUUGGAUAUUUUAGAUGAUUUCUGUUGAUGUCUUACGAAUAAAAAGACUUCACUGUCCAUCAAACCAUCUCCUCUUUGAAAGAAAAUGCUAAUAGGACAUUUAGUGUGUUCUCUGUGACACAGAGGUUUAGGAAAUACUACUGGCCUUAUAUAUAAAAGUGAGUCAUUUCUGAUUUUACAUACACAAUUCACACACAUUCAUACAGAGGCAGAGGCUGCCAUGCCCUUGUAUGGUUUACAAUGGCACGUGUUUUACCACUGGUGAGGCUAACAAGCAAGUGGCCGAUCAAAAGUAAGGAGGCAGAGGCAGAAUGUGUGAGAAUUUAUGUAUGACUUUACAAGGAAUGGUAAAUUGCCCAGCCUGCUGACAUGGACACUCUUCAAUUCUAGAACUAUUCAACUCUGUAACCAACCAACACCAACAUGACAAUGACACAAAGAGCGGCUUUUUAUAGCCCAAACAUUUCGGAGGUAGCAUUGAGAGAGGUGCUGCAGUCAGACAUGUGAUAGGUAAUUUAACUUACAUUAAAUCAACUAUAUGUAAUUAAUGUAUCAAAGAAAACCUAUAAUUAACCAGCAAACCCCACAAUCUGCUCAGGGAAACUAACAUUCACACUCAUCAUUGGCCAUCGGGAGCAAUUCAGAGUUAAGUAUCUUGCCCAAGGAUACAUCAGCAUGAAUGCAGGGGCUGGGGAUCAACCAUUUAAUUGGUGGACUUCUACUCUACUUCCUGAGCCACAACCACCUAGCAGAUACUCAACAUUGUCCAAAUACUAAAGUGUUAAAUACAUUUAUAUUGCCACAUGAUUUGCAUGCAUUUAUGCAUGGGCAGCGGAGCACCUGGAGGGGAAGCUUUCCCAGAUCUAGGGACCUGUCUAAGGAGGUUUCUUUGGAUGUCAUGAAGGGACUGUGACACAGUAAGCCUGUUAGGGGAUGGAUAGAACGGACGGACACUAGAGGGCAGCAGAGCGUUGGGCAGGCUACAGUCAGUAGGAGUGUGUGGAUGCUUGUUUGAAUUAUUUUUGGUUAUGUACAUAAACCUUUGCCACUUAGACCUAACCAUUGUUACGGCAGGUUUCAACCAAUCGCAGAACACAUUAUAAACCAAGAGAUACAACUUUACAGGUUUGUCCCAAAAUUAAUUUACUUUGUUUUGUACCAAAACAUAAGUAGAUCAUUUUAACCAUCUACUAGAAGCUCAUUGUUUUGAGUUUCUUAUGUAUUUAUAAUACAUACAUUAUUAUGGGAUGAAGGGGAUCUUAAAGAAGAACUUUAAAUUAGUCAGGCAACUUCUAUUUCAUAAAACUGUCAUUCCUUACACACUUAAUGUAACAUCCUGCUUUAUAUAUAUUUAUUUUCUACUUUUUUAAUGCUAUUUUAUUUCUAUUGAGAUGUUUUGAUUUUAAUUUCUCUAAUGUACAAUGCCUUGUCUGUUUAUGCUGCUGCAACGCAAACAUUUCCCAAAUUGGGAUUAAUAAAGUACUUCUUACCUUA